AGUCCUCUCACCAAUACCACCAAUCCACCACCAACUAUUUUGAAUUUAAUAUAUCGCUGCGUCUCUCGCUUGGUAAGUCGCCAUAACAAAUGACAGGCUUCAAUACAGAUCAUAAACAAGUACUGAUUUAUUUACAAAUAAUCAAAAUAAUAAAUAUUGCCUCUGGGAAUCACUGACGGUGGCUAGACGAAUAAUGGAAGGCGAGCCCAAUUAUGCUACACUUGAAAACGUCCAGACUGCUGUAGGGGAAGAAAAUUCGUAUGUACCAAAUCCUCGUGCUCAAGUCCGGCCAACAAGUGAAAUCAUGAGUAUUAUGUCACCGAAAUACCUUUGCCAUAGAUGCACAGAGCAAUCAUUAGUUUCACUAUUGAGAGAUCCGAUGAUACCUCGAGAAGACAAGGCUCUAUCCGUUUAUCUCUUUAUGUUCCCAUAUGUGGAAGCAGCAAUUGCUACAAGGGCCACAAUCGUAUUACGAUCCUAUGUCCUACCAGAGGCAGGAGCAGGAAAGGAUUUGGAAUCCCAAAAGUUCUUCAUGGCAGCUGUCGGAUUAUUUACACUAGGAUUUGCCCAUUCGAAUGUGAAGCGAAUCUAUGAUCAAGUGUCAAGACGCUUGAAAGCUGCGUGUGUGUCCGGUGGAUUUCUUACUCUUAACAGUCGUGAUGUUCAAGCGGCUGCUGGUCAGGUUCACUGGACGCAGGGAGAAGCAGCACCAGUAAUUAAUGACAUUCUGGGGAACAUUAUUUGUUACAAUAAACAGUUCCAGUAUCAACCAGAAAUCCCAAUCUUGGAUCUAGCUCCACUGGAUGAGAUUGCUGCUCGUCAUGAUAUGCACCGGUUUUCGAAGUAUCUUCUGGAGCAGAUGAGAGUGGUAUACCAGAAUUACCACUCAUCAUCAAUUAAGUUUGUUCCUGCAAUAAUUGAUCAUUUUGCAAACUCCCUAGGCCAAGAUCAUGCAGCAUUUCAGAAGGAGGUGAAAAGCUUUAGACUCAUUCAACCAACUGUUGUUGGAUCACCCUAUAUUGGGCUUAGAGCACAAUUGCCUGAAGCUUAUCGUAUCAGGAACUUCCCACGCCUCGUUUAUGCGGGGUUACUGUAUCACAAGAGAACAUUAACAGAUCCAAGAGAUAUUGAUUUCUUCAAAAACUACAAAGUGGAUAAGAUCAAGCACCAUAUCCCCCUUAGUGACCAGAUAUUUAUUGAGGAAUUGGUUAACAUAUUCCCACUGCCAGAAGUAUCCAGUCUUGUUAUCUCGCUUAAACUGGCAACUCUAGAACGUGGACGACAGAUAGCUGCCAGCAAAGAUCCGAGGCUGAUUCGAGAAGCAUUAGAUGAGCUACGAAGAGAUCCAAAUAGAGGGCCAUGGGCAGACGAAAAGAUUCAUCAAGAAGACUCUGCUGCUAUUGCUAUAAUGGUAGAACAAGCAAAAACCAUUGUUCGCGAGAGAAUCGAUGCGACAUUUGAAGUCAAACGGAUGGCUGUUGGAGCCAUCAAUGAUGCUACUGCACGUCAACAAGCCCAGAUAGAACUUUCCAGGUGGAAGGACAACAUGGAACGCGAAGCGUUACAAAAACUGGACCAUAUUAAUAAAAAAUUUAAAAGAGAGUAAAUGUUGCAGACAUCAGACAAAUUUAAAAUUAUUAAUAAAUCGAGUAAAUAAUUUAAAAAUUAUAUUUAUAAAAAAUGCACUUAUUAAUUUUUUAAUUUUUCAAAUGCGCAUUUUUUUAAAUUUAAUGUUAUUAAUU